AUGGCGGCGGCGGCCGCGGCCUUGAUCGCGCGCAUGCUGCGCGAGUGCGUCUCCCCCAGCAUCUUGGACAUCUUGGGCUUCCGCGCGCAGGACCUGGAGGCUGACAUCACGAGCGCCACUCGCGAGAACGACUUCGGCGAUUUUUUUUGUGGCGAGGGCGGCGUCUACUCGGCGUGCAGGGCCAGGAACCUCAAGGGGUUUAAGAUGGACAAGCUCCACGGCUCGUGCCACGACCUGCUCACCAACAUCGGCAUGGCAAACGCCACCAGGGGGGUGUUGUCUAUCAAAGAGGGUGGCAUGAUCGGCGGCGGACCACCUUGCAGUUUGUUCGUCUUCAUGAGCUCAUCUUACCACAAGCGCACGAAAGUCACCCCCCUCGGAGAUGAGUCGAAGUCUCAGGUCCUCCAGGCAAACUACAUAGCUGCGUUCUGGGUGUUCCUCCUGACAAUCGCUAGCAUUCGCCGCGUGUGGUGGUGGACUGAGCAACCUGGGACGAGCAAGAUGUUCAACUUGCCAUGCUGGGAAAAAUUUCAAGACAUGUUGGAUCAUCUACAUGCGUACCGUUUCAUCAACUUCUGGAUGGGGAACUGGGGCCAUGACAUCCCGAAGCCGACAAUCAUAGUUACGAACUGCCUCGCCCUGAAUUCCCUGGUGCUGGCCAACGCGGGUGAGAAGCCGCAGAA